AUGGAGAGAACGAGGUCCCUCAUCGCCCGCGUGGAAGCUCUCGGCGUCGGCAACCCCCGUCCCUCCUCCGGCGGCACGGCACGACCGUCGCCGCCCUCCGCCGCUCCCUCGACGGAAGAACGUCCGGCCGGGGAAGCGGCAGCCGCUGUUCCAGGCCCCCGGGAAGGAGAAGGGGAGGCUUCUUCCGCUCCCAGCAGUGGCUGCGGCGGCGGCGGCGGCGGCGAUGGUGGGUCUUUGAUCAUCCUGGUGCAGGUGGUCUGCUCGUGUCUACGGCACCUUCGUUACCCGCGGAGCCGGCUCCUGGGGUUGAACCUCCUCGUUGCCUUCGGGCGGUGUUGCGACGACGAGGCCAGGCUGCAGCGGCUAGUGCCGUACACGAUGACCAUGCUGGACGACACCGCCCCGGUGGUGAGAGCAACGGCAGUGCGGUCCCUGCGGGCGUUGCUAGGCAUGGUGACCUCCUUCCCCCCCAGCGACUCCAACAUCUUCCUGCUCUACAUCUUCCCCGCGCUCCAGCGCGUUCCGUCGGACUCGUCGGACCUGGUCCGCAUCGCCUUCGCCGAGAGCCUGGCGUCUCUGGCCGAGACCAGCAGGAGGUUCUUGGAGACGGCGUUCGCCAUGCGUCGGGCCGCCGCGGCCUCUGCCGCCGCAGUUUCGGCGGCUGCUACGGCUGCGGCGGCGUCUGCAGCGGCGGCGGCGACCGGGGCGGCUGAGUCGGGGUCAGCCCCGACGUCUGAAGGCCGUCGCCAGCCCCCAGGGGGAGGAGAUGCCACCAAUAACGACGGAGCCCCCGGUGCCGGCGGCAAGCGAGAACCGGAGAUUUCGGAGAAUGACGGGGCGGAGGCGGGGCCGAGCGGGGGCGGCGGGGCGGGGACCGGGAGCAGUUCGGGGACUGUUCUGCUGGACGGGAGCUACGACAAAGAGCUCUCGUCGAUCCGCGGGCAGAUCAGCCGGUGGUUCGUCGUGCUUGCGUCGUCUAGCGGGGCCGGUGGCCUCGCGGCCGACUGGAGCGGAGUUGGAAUCGGCGGCGGCGCCGGCGGGGGCGGGGGCGGGAGCGGGGGCGGGAGCGGGGCGGGCGCCGCGGCGGUGAUGGUGAAGCGGGCGCUGCUCGCGGACAUCACUCGGCUGUGCGUGUUCUUCGGCUUCGAGAACACGUUGGAUUCCAUCCUGCCCCAGCUGAUCACGUUCCUCAACGACAGGGACUGGUCGCUGCGCGCGGCUUUCUGCGAGCACAUCCCCGCCGUCUGCGCCAUGGCCGGAGAGGUGGCCACGACCCGCUUCAUCCUCCCGUGCAUCGAGAACACCCUGGUCGACGCCCGCGAGGCCGUCAUCGCCAGCGGUCUCAGGUGCCUCGCGGCCCUCGCCGGCCUGGGCCUGCUGCCGAGGCAUGCCCUCCCGUCGCAGGCCACGCCCGCGGCGCCCCUGCUGCAGCAUCCGGGGCUCGGGGUCAGGGCCGGGGCGGUGGAGCUGAUCGUUCGGGUGGCGGAGGCGCUGGGCGCGCUGGACACCCAGGUCUUCUUGUACCCGGUGCUGAGACCGCACUUGAGGUAUUCCUUGCCGGGGGGCUCGUUGGACGAGGCCGCCCUGCUCGAUGCACUCAGACCCCCAGUGCCCCGCCCCGUGUUUGAUUCCGCGGUGGGCGAAGUGAUCGAGGCUCGGAGGGUAAGGGCUGCGGGUGGUGGCGGCGGUGGAGGCACAGGGGCAGAGGACGGCGGGCAGCCCCUCCAGCAGUUCCCGGCGAGUGACAACAAUGCCGCCGCCGCCGCCGCCGGCGACUACCGGUACAUCGACACCGCUGCUCAGCACGCCGCCAACAAGGGCCGUGGCACCGGCGGCGGCGGCGGCGGAGACGGCAGCGUUGCGGGGGAGCGAUCGUCUCCCGUCUACCUCCCAGAGUCUCUGUCCCAGGCCAUCUACGUGCCGACGCAGAAGAUAACCACUCUGCACCCCGGGGUGGGCGCGGUGGCCGUCGCAGUGGCGAAGGCGCUUGCAAGCGGGCAAGCAACCUCGGGGGACGGCCGUCGCGACGCGGGGGGGGAUGAGGGCGGGGAGGACGACAUCGACCUGCGGCUGUCCUCUGCCGCGCUGUCGGCGACCCCUGCGCUUCUCCAGAGCGUCACCGGAAUGCACACGAAUGCGGUGGACGCGCGAAGGGCCAUGGCCCUUGUGGAGCAGGCAGAUGUGGAUGGAGCAGCAGGAAGUAGUGGACGACACGACAACAGCAGCAGCAGCAGCAGUUACGCGGCUAGCGCAGCGUUGGCGUCCGCUGCCGCUGCCGCUGCCGCCGUUGCGUCGAGCCGACAAGGGGUCGGUGUGAAACCGUCCGCUCCGGCGGGGUCGGUGUCUAGGGCGGGCGGGGUCGGUGGCAGGCCGGACGAUGCGGCUGCCCUCGUGAGGAGGGCGAAGGCGCUCGGAGUUCCCCCGCUACCCCCAGACCUUGGGGCAGUCAGGGCCCCGAACGGCGCCAAAUACUCCCACUACCUCCUCGACUCCGGCGGCGGCGGCGGCGGCGGAGGAGGAGGAGGCGCGGGCGGCGGCGGGGGAUCCUCCAACUCGGCGUCAUCGGGGGGCGGGGGCGCAAACUCCAGGUCCGCCUACCCGGCGACGGCGGCGGCGGCGGCGGCUGCGGCGCAGCAGGAGCAGUACUCGUCGCAGUAUGAGCACGGCAGCAGGCGGCCGGACUGGCGUCCUCGGCAGGGGGUGCUGGUGGCCUCCCUGAGGGAGCACGGCGGGGCCGUGAACCGGCUCGCGCUGUCGCAGGACCAGGCGUUUUUCGUCUCCGCCUCGUCCGACAGCACUUGCAAGGUCUGGGAGCUCCGCGGAAUGGACCACACGGUCAACCCGCAGUCGCGCGCGACGUACUCGAGGCAGAGCGGCCGUCUGCUUGACCUGUGCAUGGUGGACAACUCUCACUCCGUUGCUUCGGCCUCCUCGGACGGCACCGUGCAUGUCUGGAAGGUGGAGCUCGCAGCCUCCGCUUCCAGCUCCCCGUACGGCUCCUUCACCAUGUCCAACACCAUGGCCUCCGGCAACAGCACCCCCAAUGCCGCCGCCGGGGGGGGGACGGCAGCGGGCGGUGCCCCCCCCAGCAAGACCUCCCCCUCCCGACAACAGCACCAUCCGGGGCUCGUUCCUUCCCAAGCCAGCAACAGCGUCAACAGCAGAAAGUACAGCGGGGCCGGCGGCGGCGGUGGUCCUGUCGACCCUACCCUGGCUGCAAUCUCUGCGACAGCCGGAGUCGGCGGAGGCGGAGGCGGCGGCGGCGGAGGGGUGGCGCGGGUGGGGCGCGGGGGCAGCGGGCUCCGGGUGUGCGGGUCGUCGAUGGUCCGCUGCGUGUCUCCUAGGGAGGGCGCCGUGGUGAGCGUCCACCACUUCAACACCGAGCUGGGGUCCCCCCUCGUUUACGGCACGAGGAAGGGCGGGGUGCGGUCGUGGGACUUGCGGGCGAGGGAGGAGCCGUGGGCGCUUCGAGCUCAUCCGGAGCUGGGGUUCCUGACCGUCAUUGCCCUGGGCACGGAGAAGACCUGGCUUGUGGUCGGGACGAGCAGGGGCUUCGUGAUGCUGUGGGACCUUCGCUUCCAGGUUCUCGCGCGGCUGUGGAGGCAUUCUUCGGGCGGGCCCAUCCACAAGCUGGCCACCUGUAGCAGGCUGCCCCCCCCAGACGCAGCCCCGGGGCCCCACGUGAUCGUGGCCGCCGGCCGGAACGAAGCCGCCAUAUGGGACGUGUCGACUGGGGGCGCGUGCAAGCAGUGCUUUCGCGUCGUACCCCCGUCGGAAGGACCUCCGCCCUCGGCUUCGAGCAGGAGCAGCAGGGGCCAAGACCCGGCAACGAUCCUCGGGGCCGAACUCCCGGUGUUGGAAGAGGUGUCAUUGCCCAGCCACCCCAACGCGCCGGCUCUUUCUCUCGGCGCACAGCUUUCGGCAGUGAGAGAUUUCUCUUCGGGGGCGCCGCAGACUGGAGGAGAUCCUGCCAUUCGGGCGCUGGUGGGGAGAAUAUCUCGGUCGGAGCGCGAUUCGUACCUCAUUACCGGAGGGACGGAUCGCUGCAUUCGGUACUGGGACUUCCAAGCGGCGUCUCGGUGCUACAUGGUGUCUGGUCGAGAGCCUUUCCCGGGCCGCCCGUCGCCGAGAACGCUGCAAGUGCCGGGUCCGGCCCCCGGAGGAAAGUCCACCGUUGUCCUCUACUUUGACGAGGAUCCGCCGCCACCGACACCGGCCUCGCUGGCUUCGAGAACCGGCUCUCCGGCGGUGACCCUGGAGAAAGGCUUGGUCGCGCCACGGUCAAGCCACGACGACGCCGUGUUGGACGUGAAGGUGACCGAGCUGCCGACUAAAAUGUUGCUCUCCGGCAGCAGAGACGGGGCCGUCAAGAUCUGGAAGUGA